CAUAUCCAAGGUCAGCCCCGUCGCGCGUUGCACGAUGGAUCAAUUAUUCUUGCGAUAAGCCGUUAGGGCUCUUGUGGCCUCCAGUAGUCGGGUAGCGAGGGAGCCUCUCGUUCACCGCCGUCGCUCCACGUGUGCGGCAGCGGGUUCCUGAAGCAUCCUUGCCCACAUGGAAACACAACCAUCCAAUCUCCGUUCUGUUGGAUAUUACUUAUUACUUACUAGGCACCAUGUACACACCGAUGGCAAUCAAAGCUAUAAAGAUGGGGAGCCGCACCAAAUGUGUUUGUGGUAGUAGAGGCUUUUGGCAACUAUGGACCGUAUCAUCAAGCUCCUUACGGCUUCGCUGGCAAUCACAGGCGUCGCGGCUGACAACUUCAACGUUUUACAGCACCUCGGAGGAAAUGCGCAAUGGUUUCCUGGCCCAGAAGUAACGGGCAUCGCAUCUGAUGUCCCCUCUGGUUGCAAAGUCGAUCUUACCGCCUUCUUCGCGCGCCAUGGCAGUCGCUACCCAGACACGGGCGCCUACAAGGAGUGGACCGACUUGCAUGCGCGGCUCCAGGCCGGCAAAGGCUUCAAGGUCACUGAUGAGAAGCUGGAAUUUCUCAACACCUGGAAGCCGGUGCUGUCACAUCCAGAGCGCCAGAUCGCCCAGAUCGACCCAACCGGCUACAAAGAGCUCCACGAGAUGGGUGCGACAUGGCGUCUUCGCUACCCUGAUCUGUAUGAGUACAACACUCCCUUCACCAUGUGGGCCAAUUGGUACAAGUCAAGCCCUCGGGUCCGUGACAGCGCGCGUCUAUUCGCUCAGGGCUUCUUGGGGCCGAACGCGACUGAACUCGGGACGAUUCUGGCGCUCAACAGCAGCGAACCUGCGUCCUGGAUGAACUCGCUCGCGCCCAGCGAUCUCUGCAAGGCCUAUGAGGACAAUGGAGGCGGUGCCUACAAGGAUGAGUGGGAUGCCAUCUACUUGCCGCCGAUCCACGCCAGGCUCAAUGCCAUGAUCCACGGUGAUUUCAACUUCACCCAGUCGGACGUUUCAAUCAUCCCUUAUCUCUGCGGCUUUGAGACACAGAUCACCGGACGUCGAAGCCCAUUUUGCGACUUGUUUACCAAGGAAGAGAUUCUUCAGUAUGAAUAUGCGCAGGAUCUUCGGUACUGGUAUGGCACCGGCUUAGGCUCUGACAUUGAGAAGUACCAGAUGGUUCCUGUUCUCGACAAGCUCGUGCAGCGCUUUGUUGACGGGCCGGAUGCGACGUACAAGACCGGUAACUCAACGUUUGUCCCUCCCAAGAUCAUAGCCGCCUUUUCGAACGACGGCCAGAUCAGUCAGCUCCUCGCAGCCCUUGGCGUAUUCGAUAAGGAAGCUCAACUCCCAGGCAACAAGGCUCGUCCGGCCAGAAAGUUCAGAGCCAGCCGUUUUGUAUCCAUGCGUGGAACCGUCGCCUUCGAGCGAUUGUCUUGUGUUGCUCAUGCGUCAAAUGCCAGCUACGGAACCGGCAAGAACAACACCACCUCCCAGACGUAUAUACGCAUCCGCCUGAAUGACGUCGUCUACCCAGUCGUCAAUUGUACCAGCGGACCCGGCUCAUCGUGCCCUCUUCUGCAGUAUCAAGGUAUCAUUAAGGGCAAGGUCGCGGCAGCUGGUAGCUCCACGAAACUGUGCAAUAUGACUGAUUCUCCUUUGUCGAGCAAGCCGAGCGCAUCGUUCUUCAUGGACAACACGCUGCCGUACGCGAAGGUCAUUAAGCCCUAAAAUGUGUCUUUUCUGAAAUCUCGGAACGGCAGUGGUUAAUAAAACGGUGAAUUAGUCUAUACAUACCAUCGCGCACCGCUUCUCCACUUCCCAUUCGCGUGCAGUCUUCACCGACUUGAAUACAGACACAGACAGUGGCAUCGCGACAAGAAAAAACAAGAAUUUGCUCCUGGAUGUCGAGUCAUCCAAAUCACGUCUUUGACAUGUGUAGGGCGCAACAUUUGCUCACUAAUUCUAGCGCUGAACAAUGCACCCCCACUCACCGUUCUUUGGGAAUGGGGUCCGUGCGCAAGGCGCAAGGUGUACAUUGCAAGGCGCGAAAGCCAACUAGCCUGUCAAACUUCGCUUUUCCCGCAUUCUUCGAGCCACAUUUCAAUCGUUGUUUUAGAAUUGACCAACC